GCUUUCUAGCCUAAGGAGGGUGCAUGUAUUAAACUGUCACAAAAUGGAAUGCCUCUUUCAGUUUCAGCAAUAUAUAGCAGGAGAUCUUCAACAGCUCCAAAUCCUAGAGAUAGAGAACUCCAACAAUAUGGAAGUGAUAGUUGCAAUCAAUGCGGAAGGAGCAGCAGCACAAGAGGAUGAAAUUGUCUUACACAACUUGAAAGAGUUGAGGCUAGAUAAUCUACCGAACCUCGUGAGUUUUUUUGGCCAAACAAAGAGUUCGGCUUCGGCUUCAGAUAGCAAUCCUCGUAUCCGAGCACAUGAACCUCUGUUCGAUGGAAAGGUUGUAUUUCCAGCAUUGGAGAGAUUGGAUCUCCUUGAACUGCACGAAAUGGAAAAGAUAUGGCACCAACAAUUGCUUCCUGGCGGGAACUUCAACAGAUUGACUGUACUGUCAAUAAGCAAGUGUGGAAAGCUAAUCACAAUUUUUCCAUCAAGUUUGGUACAAUUGUUACAAAAUUUGGUAAGUUUACGUGUUUCAAAGUGUGAUUUGUUGGAGGACCUAUGUGAAGGACAUAAUGCAACUUCAGUAACACUACCAAGGAUAGAGAAAUUUGAAUUGUCGGGUUUAUCAAGCUUGAAGGAUGUAUGGUGGAACAUGGUCUGCCCAGAAUCUCUUAACUUCCAGAAUCUCGCACAUCUUACUAUCGGAGGAUGCAAAUGUCAGAGAUAUCUUCUCUCUUUUACCGCAACAAAACUUCUUAUUCAACUUAAAUAUCUUGAGUUAGUAGAAUGCGACAUGAUGAAAGAGAUAAUAGCAACCGAAAGAGAGGAAGAUGCAGUGGUCGGUGACAUGAUUGUGUUCCCUAAAUUAUUUGACCUUCGCCUCUCUCAAUUGCCAGAACUCACAAGCUUCUACCAAGGGAAUUGUACUUUAGAGUUCCACUCUUUGCAAUAUUUGGUGAUUGAAAAAUGUCCCAAGAUGCAAACAUUUGUUGGUUCAAGCACAAAAAGGCCAAAAGAAGCAAGUGAAGAAGAGUUUGAGGGACAAAUAGAUCAAGAAGGCAACUCUAGCGUCACCAAACAACCAUUUUUCAAUGAAAAGGUUGUACUUCACGCCCUGACGGAUUUGAGUCUUCAGAGACUAGACAACCUGAAAAAGAUAUGGCAAAACGAACUUCCAGUAGAUUGCUUUAAUCAACUGAAUGUUCUAACAGUGCGUGCAUGUAACAAUUUGUUAAAAGUUGUACCAUCCAAAUUACUCCCAAUGCUACACAAUUUGGGCAAGCUUGUUGUAAGAGAAUGUGAUUUAGUGGAAGAGGUCCUGGAACAAGGAGAAGAUUCUUCAGGAAAACUUGUGUUCCCUAAUUUUCACACUCUUAAACUUGUACAUCUACCAAACCUCAAGAGUUUCUACUUGGGAAAUUAUACUUUGGAAUGGCCAUCCUUAACAAAAGUGACGUUGGAAAAUUGUCCCAAGAUGCAGGCCUUCUCUUCAGGGCUCAUAAUCACACCAAAGCUAUAUAUCAAUUCAUAG